AUGUUGUUGGCGGUAGAGCGCCACCACCACACCUCCUUACUUGCCACCAUUCGCCCAUUCACUGAGAUCCGGUUCCUUGCGCUCCCAUCCAUUAUGCCAUUCUCAAUCCCGACCUCGAGGCGACACAACCUAUGCCACUUCUUCAUCUCCUCCUCCACCGCCGCUUCCUUCGAUUUCAUCUGCCAUUUUGCUUUCAAUCUGAUCUUCUUCUACCAAUUCAUCUUCUUUUUGUUGCACUUUUGGGAAAAGUACGCUCCGAUGAUGAGUUGCAUUGUCCUGAAAUUCAAAUUUCAUCGGACUCCUCAUUUUCACACGUCGUUUGCGCUCUAACGACCUCAUUCCCUUUAGCGGAAACAGUUUUAUUGGUAUUUCCUAUGCAGCUCACUCUUUUUUUUAAAGAUGGAAGAGUUUCGAGAAUAGUUGUAGCAGAGAUAGUUUUUCUGAGCCAUAAGACCACAAAAAAACUUGAUAAAAAAAUUUGAUAAGGAAUUCUUCUGAAUUUCUACCUGACAAACGAACCCUAAUUUAGUUAAUUCUUAAUUAAUGAUCUCCUUGAAGAAUCUAAAAUAGCUGAAAGUUUUUCUUUUUCUGUUACUUGGCUCACUUCGAAAUUCGAAAUUCAACGUUCUUUGCGAAACUUCUCAAAAUACCCAGCUUUUCGAAAUAACAAAACAAUGGCUAGACUAAAAAUAACUGAUCACUGUUAUCAAUCAAAUCUUGAGAUAAAGAUGACAGCCGUAUCUUUUUGACGAUAUCAAAAGAGAAUGCCAGCACAUUUUUCUUUCGAAAGCUGUCAUUUUUAUUCAAUCUGUUUCUGUACUUUUUUCUAAGGCUAUAACAAAAGAAUAUUUUAUCUCUAGCCGAGAGCUCUAUCAAAGUUAAUCGGAUGAUGAGCAAAGCGCGAGGAUAAAAGAUGGAGCGAGCCGCUAAGCUACCAUAUCCCGACUGACACUUGUGUUUAUCCACCGCGGGAUUGGCCUCUCGAGAGGCGGAGCUGGACGCCGGUGCCGCCUACCUGGUUAAUCGCUGUUGUGCCAGUCGGCUGCGACUCUCGCGUGACUGUAGUGUUUGAUCUAGGGAUGUUGUUUCAAUAUAUGCCGUUUUUCUCUUUUUUCUCUUAUCAUCCUAUUCCUCCGUUUUUUUUCCAGCCAAGCUCAAAACCGAAUGCGAACCCGGGAAGAUUUGCAGCCGAUGUUUCCGGUGCGUGUGACGGUGGAAACCGUUCGAGCUCAGCACUGCCUAUCUUGCGCACACGACGGCCACGUCCUCAUCGACACCUACGCCAUCGUCUCCGGCUCAACAGCUCUCAAUCAACUCGUCGAGACAGUUUUAUCAGCUCUUGGUCAUCCUCAGCUCGCCACAAACGCCAGAGGUGAGCUGGAUUACACAAAUUUUCAUGUAAACCAACCAACGUUAUGUUUAUUUCGUCUCAUAAUCUAUCGGCCAGAGUCUCAAAUAUCCUUUUUGUGUUUCUGUCUGUUUUGAUUUCCACGCAAUUUACGAGGUUUGAUGGGAUUUUCCUGUUCUUUGCCCUAAUUAGAAACCAAUUUUUUGGGAAAAAAAAUGAACCUUCUUUUCUUUUCCGAUUUUGUUUGGAUACUUCCAACUUUUGUUUGACUUGUUAGCAAGAUUUUUUUCUCGAAUUUAAAACUUGUCUAAUUUUUUUUGGAUCCUUCAACCCUCAGAAGGUAAAUAUUUUCGCAUCGCGUUCCAAAUCUGACUCGUGAUCUUUUCGAAAACUCUCAAAAACCGAUGAGAAAGAGGAAAAAAAAAUUAGUUUUUAGAAGGAAUUCAAUUAGUUGACGUUCUUGUCUUUUGGGAAUCCGAUGCUUUUGUAAUCAUUGAUUUGUUUGGAGGGCAUCUCUCAAAAUACGCCGUCGGUGUCGUCGUCUCGACCCCUUGUUGUACUGUCUGACGUCGUUUUGAGGAAACCUGUUGGAAAAGGAAACGCAAGGACUUGAGCCCCAAAUGCUUUCGAUUUCAUUGCGCAAUCGUUGUAAAAUCUGCGAGAUGCGAUCGGUGGCACGCUCGCUUUCUUUGGAGAAACGUGGUCCACCUCUCCCAUUUUUCCUCGCUUCCAUGUGCGAAGACUCUACGACGAACCUGUUCCUUGCGUUUAACUGCCACCGCCAAGAUUAUGCAAUACAAGCCGAAUGUCUCAUGCCCAUGACGUCUAACCGCCUUCUCUUCUCUUUUUUUGGCCUUAUUCGGGCCUUAACGCCCACCAAUAAGGAAACUUUCGAUUGUUUUCGUGCCCUCAGGCCGUUUCUCGAUGAUCCGCAAAUCGAUUUUGGCGCGUCUUUUCACCUGCAGUUAACCAAAUCACAUGCAACGUUUGGAAUCAAAAGAUAACGAUUACUGGAGAGCGCGCCUUGGAUGGCGUCUUUUCAAGGGGCUCGCCAAAUUAUUGAGUCACAAGUAUUAUCAACUGUUUUCAAAUUUUCAAGCUUCAAAUUUUUUUGAUAAGAAUCCCGAGCAAUCGGAAAUUGAGUUUGAAUUAAAGGUCACGCAAAUUUUGACACUUAUCUCAAAUUUUUUUGUUCAAAACUUUAAUAUUAUUGGUUUCAAUUUUUUUUAUUGGGGAAACUUCAGAUUGUUAGAUGAUAGCACGGAGUUUCCUAGUUCUGAGAUUUAGAAAAAUGGAAAUUUCCAUCUUAUGACUAGGUCUUUUUCAUCACCUUGUCAUAGUGGGUUUUUAUCAAUCGCACAUUUUAAAUCCUAAGUGCAAUAUUUGGAAAAUUUGCAUUUCUCAAAUCGAACUUUUCGUUACCUCUAUUCAUAUAGUAUCAAAGAAAACAUAACUUUCGAUCUUUCUUCUUGAUUCGAAUUCAAAAUAUUUUAGAAAAAUGAAAGUAUAUUUUUCUUAAAGCUAAACUUUGAUCCAAACUCAUGAUUGGAACAAAACUUCUUGAAAUACAAGUCAUUUCAAUGCAUUUUGCAGGGUUGGUACAAGUGAACAACUGGAAAGCGCUGCCCUUCGAGCAAAUCACCGACAACCAAGACGACACCGUUCAGUCGCUCUUCAAGGAUAUCUCCUCCCACAUCACCCUCCGAAUCUUGAGUAAACCGUGAGUUUCCUUUUUUACAUCAAAGGCCUCUGACAAAGAGUGUCUCCAUGUGACGUCUUCAACCAGAAGAACUGAACCAAAACCAAAUCGCCGACUUGGCAUGUGACUUACUCUAGACAAAAGUCAACGUCAUCUGAAAUCUGUUGUUUGACAAUAUAGCCGCAAUCAACGGGCAGACAAGAAAUCGACCUGGUUACAAGUUUUGUUUUGAUGCCGAAUAGGCCUGUUUUUCGAUGAACGUCUUGGGAAACUAUUGCUCAUGUUACUAUGAGUCAUUUUUGGUUUUAUCGGAUUUAUUUAUUUCAAAACGUGCGUCAUAAAUAGAGAAUAAUUUUUUUCUGAAACCCUUCAAAAUUGGGUGAUUCACAUUUUCCCUGCACUAACUCUAUUUUCUCAGAAUUUCACAGAACGGACUUUGAAUUUUUUUGCAGAUCCAUAAAAUGCGAAUCUCGAAAUUGUUGAUUCAUAAAAAAAGCGAUAAAGUAAGAAGAAAAAGUUUUUUUGAUUGUAAAAUGAUAUUUCUGUUUCCAGAUAUAGAUUUUUCACAGAGUCUAGGAAAAAAUGUUGCCUUAUUUAAUUGCAGUUUAUCAACAUACAACAAUUUCUCAAUUGGCGACUUUUUUUUGAUGGCAUUAGUUUUUUAGUAUUUUUAUUUUUCUGUUUUUUGAUGCUUCACAAGGUACAUAAAGAAAAAGCUGUUUGAGCGUUAUUGAUUUUUGCUCCGUUGAGUUGGAACCUCAUCGAUUUUUUGAAAUUUGGAAACUUUACCAUUACUGACAGAUUUGCUCUUCAGCCAUUUCCGUUUUUAAAUUUAAAUAGGCAUUGAUUUUCUUAGGUUUUCUUUUCGAAAGGUCAAAAUAUCGAAUCUAAGGCUAAAAAAUUUCACUAAAAAAUCAAAAUAUCAGAAAAACUUUUUCUACUCUGAUCGAUUAGGCUUUCUGGAGCUGAAGCUCAAGCUACAUCCAAAUAACCGGUCAGAUCUGAGCCGGAGCAAAUCUGAGCGCCGUAACCGAAUGCCCCGAGGUGCUUGAGCAUCGGCUCCAACUCGCACCGUAAGCACGAAUGCGCAGAGAAAGCCGAGCUGCCUCCUUUGCGGCUCUUUUGUGUUUCAAGCGAGUCCCGUCAAAUGCACUCGCUACCACUUCUCAAACACACAUUUCUAUGUGUGUGUUUAUGUCUCGGUGCCCACCUGUAGGUGUCGAGAUUUACACAUUGGCCGUUUUGAGGGAGAACAGACAUGAGCACACAUUUUGCUGGCGAGGAGCAAGUCGAGCCAAUCCACGCUCAAAUCGCCAAUUCACCAGAAAGACUCGCCAAAUACAGCCAAUUUCGCACCGUUUUGCUCUCCGAAAUUCGUUGGAGCCCCUCUUUUCUCGUCAAACAUGGUUUUGGUGGCGAAUUUUCCGCGUUCCGUUCUGAGGGAUUUGGCUGUUUUUGUGGGAGAAUUUCGAGCUUCUCGUGGAGCUGGUUCUUCAUUUUUGAACGGACAGAAAAAUUUACGUAACUAAAAUGGGAGAUUGGUAGAUUUAUGAAUUCGGAGCAUAAAAACUAGUUGAAGGAAACGUUUUAGAUCUCAAUUUAGUUAUAUAUUUAGAUAGAUUUUACUUGAUUCUGAAGAGAAAUGUUCACAAAAUUUUCCAAAACUUUUCCUGCUUUUGACUUCAAACAGUUUUGCAUUGAAACCAGCAGGUUGGUUCUUAUUGUUGCUCUUGACAUUGAAUCUACUGAAAAUUUCGAAUAGAUCAAAUUUUAUGUCGGAUUCUUAGGUUUCACUGUCUUUUUAGUAUGAUCUGGAUAUAAUUGUAACUCCAAAAUAUCACCGCGAUUUUCGCCGAACCUCGCUUAAUGCAUUCCGGAAUGGGAAAUAUCGGCGAAAACGAAGGAUUUGAAUAGAAAUGAGCAGAGACUGUUGAUGUGUGGGAACUUUCGAAAAUGGAGGCGCACACUUCAAAACGAUUUGUGUGUAUGUGUCUGUUCAAGCGAUAUAUUGUGUGAUAUCAGCGGAUGAUGGGAAGGAAAGGGGGAAUAAGACCGUCCGUAUUUGUACUGCUUAUGUGGGCCGCGGGUUUUUGUUAUUUGUGUGAAUGGAUGAUAGCCGUUGAGCGCGGCUGUGUACCCACAUCGCUGUAUCGUUUAUCGUUUAUAGCUCAAUGUGAUAAGAAGAAAUGCCGCUUUUGUGGCCGAGGGGAUAAACCACCGUGAUAGGCCUUGUUUGGCGGUGCAAAAGUUCGCAGUCCACACCAAAUUCAAAAUUGAAAAAAAAGGAUGAAAGGUUUCGAAAAAAAGCUCAAUAUUUAAGGAGUACGUCAUUAGGAUAAAAUUGAAAAUGCAAAAGCCGAAAAUUCCCGUUAUCUGCUGAAGGGUACUAUUUGAAAUUCAUUUUUCUAAAAGUUAAUAUUUAAAGUUCAUUUUUCUCUGAUUUAAACCUUCAAAUCUUUUAAAAGUUUUUCACAGUCUUCAGCAGAUUUAAAAAUAUUCAUUAAAAAAAUUAAGAACUUUGCGUUUGAAAUUCAUUAUUUUCAGAUAUCCAACUAUCAGUAAAAAAUUCAAGGCUUUCGUUCCAAAAGUUCAACUUAACAUUCAAUUUAAAAAGUUUCAUUAAAUUACGAGAAAUCAGAGAAUUAGGUUUUUCGAUCAUAAUUUUUACGCUUUUGAAACGUCUUUUAACAAGUCGAAACUUUGAAAAAGAACUAAAAAACCAUGAUUUUUCCUUUCUUUGACAUUCUACAUGUUAUAUGAUUUCCGAUGGAUCCAUGUUUCAUUUUCAGGACGAAUGCCGACUCGGCGAGCACGCAAUGCAUCAACGAGUUGAAACAAAGGCUACUCAAAGCGGCUGUAAAUAAAAACCCGCAGAUCCUCAACACGGUCGACAACCAGCAAAUCAAGGCAACUUCCUUCGUCUCAUGCCGACAUAACCAAUGUCCUUGGGGAUUUUCAGGAGUUGAUAACGCAAAUCAUUGCUGGUGACGAUCCUUCGAUGUUGAAUCACGAUCAGAUCAACGCCAUCCACGAGUGGCUCGAGACCAUUGAUACCGGCGAUGAGCGCCGCAGGUACAGCCUUAGGUGAUCGACUUGUUAUAGAAAACAUUUCUCAUAUAAAAACUGACGUGUAAUUUUGAGUUUCUUGGUGCAGCACAGAUUUUCUGAGCAAUAGUUCAGACUAUUAAGAGUAAUAAGCUUCCAAAUUUUGAGUUUGACUUCGUUCAGCUUUGAAAUAAUCAUGGCCAGAACUUGAACCUUUCUCCAAACCCUAAACCGUUUUGAAAGUACGUCCAAAAUCAACAAUCUUAGUAUCGGAGUUGUGCUCCUUUACAUAUUCCAAACGAUAUAAUCAUGUUGGCCUACCGUAAUCCGAUCGCGGACUGAGAGAGAUUGUGUUGGUUGGAAGCGGAGGAAAAGGAUGAAAGGUGAUGGAUAAGCGUUAGAGGACUAGAAAGAUUGUCUAGAGAACGUAGGAUGAGAGUAGAGAGCGCGGUUGGACGGACGACGAGAGGGUGUUGAGAUGCCAGAGGCGGAAUGCGAGGAUUCGGUCCCGCAACGCUAAGCCGCUAUUUGGCGCUCGAGUUAAGCCCCUUUCCGCCGUCCCCACGGUAUAUUUGUAUAUCAGGUGGAAGUUUUCAAUCAGCUCUCUCCGAGCUCAACUUCUUUCCCCUGACUUUUUGGCUGACGGCCGGUUCAGUGGCUUUUUUCGGAGAACGAGGGACCAAAAGAUCAAAAAAGCAACUAACAUUUUCAAAUUUUUCUUAAGAAUGCAGUUCUGUAGAAAACACUUCCGAAGCUUCUAAAGAUUCUCUGAAAACUAAAAAAGGAGAACUUUGAAUGAAUGUUCUUCAAAUUUUAUUAAAUUAUGCUCAGCAGUUUGACUGUUUUAGAACUGCGUUAUAAAAACAAUUAGGAGAUCUCAGGAAAAAAAAAACUGGCAUCUUUUCUGAAUUUUUGUAGUUCGAAUAAAUUUGUUCGCUUAUAACUUUUCCCAACUUUUUGAAAAUCCGGUCCUUCGUAUCAAAGUUAAGAGAUCGCCUGUUAAAAAAUUCGAACAAAAAUAUUUGUUGAUUUUUCGAAAAGUUGUGUUUUGCAGAAAAAAAUAAUUUUUUUACAAAUAGGUUUUUUGAAAAGCCUAGCCGCGUUCAACCAUAUUACGACUUUUUCAAUUAUUUCAGAACUUCUUAGGCUACUUAAGAAUCCAUCAAGCUAGAUAAAGCGCUAGGAAACUUAAUGGAUUCCACUUCCAGACAGUGUUGGCGUCCAAUUUCCGGAGAGUCAAAGCGCCAAUGAAAAUCUUUCUCUGGGAGGAUUGGCGGGAAAUUAAAAAUACCAGGGAUUAGGCACGGUUCUCACUUCUCCAACGGCAAAGACGCGUCAAAAUAAUCCAAUUAGGCAGGGACAGCCAUUUUGCAAAUCUCGAUUCAUUUUCCGGUUUUGUCGCUUGUCUCGCAGUACAGUUGGUGACACACCGCCGCAGGGGUUAUCUCUAUUUUCCAUUGUCUCGAGGACAGCAAAAAAUCGUCUUUAUCUGUAAAUGCCGACUGGUUUGGCGUCAGCAUCUAAUUGCGUACCUUGGCAUUGCCAUAAAGGGAGCUAAGUGAUCUCGAAGAGGCAGCCAAAAAAGGCGACUGGUUUGCCGUCGACGUCGGGACAGUCGCCUCUCGAAUCGGCUUGAUCUUUCCCGAUUUCUUUCCACUGUCAUGACCUCUCCUAUUUUCCACAACAACAAGUCGAGAAAGGUUUGUUGCGGCAUUGUUUUGCAAGCUAACAACAAAGCGAACUGCGCGGUUCCAGGACCCUCAAACAUUACCUGUUCCUUUCAGACUCGAGAGUAUUGCAUCAAUUAGAACUGGUUCCUAAUAUUGACCAAAUCGGUUAGCAAAUCGCUGAGAUGUUGAGGGAAGAAAAUUGUUUGAGGGUCACACUUGAAUCUUCAAAUCUACAGAUUCGGAAGUCACUUUUUUUGAAUCUACAACUAAAUCAAAGAUCUUUUUAAAAAUUUUGAGAUCAUGGAAAUUUUGAGAGUUUUUAGAUAGUUUUUGGAUUAUUUUUUUCAAUUUCUUGAGCUUCUUUUUGAAAACUCAAGAUGAAAAUGUGUCCAGUACAUAAAAAAACAAACAAUAAGAAAAAAUUUUUCAAGCUCGUUAGCUGUUAGCUUCAAAGUUAUCAAUUCUUUGGCUUGCUUACUAUUUUUUCGACACUUUCGAUACUUUUUGAUGAAAUUUUUUAGAUUUUUCUCGAAACCAGCUAAUUCUGAAGCUUGUCAGUUAGAAGAGAAUUCGGAAAUUUUUCGUUUUUCAGAUUAUAAUGAGAAGGUUCAAACCUUCAUCUAGAUUUCUAUGAGACUGAAAACUUGGUCCGCCUCUCAGAAAACCUCCAAACAAACCCAAACGGCAACUGAACAUACACCAACGCAACGUUCUUUCGCGUUUUUCUUCUUGUCGGCCCCAUGAUCCGUAAUGUAAAGGGUCUUUUUUCCUGUGUGCCUGACAGCCGAUGAGAAAUGCGCUCAUUGGAAAAACCAAAUCGCAACAACAAGGGAUGUAUUGUAUGGUUUGUGUUCAAAAGUAUAAGAUGAGUAAGCGAAGACGAUGCCGUCGGUUUCUUUCCGAUGCGUCAGGACCUCGGCCGGCUUUGCAUAUAUGCAUGUAUGUCUUACGGUCUUCGUAUGAAUCAUUUUCUCCUUUUUCGUAACAAACCACCGUGCAUCGUAUCCUCAUUGUAUGGUGAACGCGUGACGAGCCACGGCGCCAUUUUCUCAGAAAUUUGGCAAUUUUUGGCUCCAAGGGACUCUCGAGAGCUAAGUACAAAACUGAACACCUUCAAAGCUUCGGAAAACUGAAAUCCAUCAAUCUGAGUUCAAAAGUAGAUAGUCGAAAAGCUGUUCAAAAUGCAAAGAAAAUCACUGAAUUUUUGAAAAAAUUUUCUUUUCCCCGCUUAAUAACAACAGUUCCUUUGAAAUAAAUUUAUAGCAUUCUGCAAGCGAAAACAUAUGAUAAUUCUUAUUGCUCUUCUAGCUGUUUUUUUCAAAAUUUGUAACGAAAGUUCAGUAUCCAUGAGAAAAAAAAUUGUUUGGAAGAAGCAUCAACCGGAUGAAAAAAACUUAGGAAAAAAAAACUUUUAAUAAGAAUAAUUUCAUAAAGAUUCAUAAACUUUUGAAAAAGCCUAAAUUUAUUUUCUUCUUUUUCAGUCCAACGUCGCAAAUGCGCUUCAACGCAGUUUUUGAAAUCCCGAAAUUGGAAAGGUGGCAUCGUGCGGAUCCUUCACCAAGCCGACAGAAGCUCAUGCACUACUUGACAACCCUCAACUCCAGUCCUUAUCGCAAAAGUCAUCCAAAAAUCAACUACUACCAGGUAUUCAUCCAUUUUCUCGAUCGAAAAUGAUACUGCAAUCGGAAUAAUUGAGAAGUUUUACUUUCUAUUUGGUUAACUUGACUGAAGAUCAAAAUUUGGAGAAAGAAAACCUACACCUAAGAAUAUCAAGUUCAAAUUCAUUCUUAAGAUCUGCAACUGGUUCGCCAACAAAAGGGCGACUUCCAGAACUCCUGGAAGCACGCCUAUACCAAAUCCACAACAAGCUCAAACUCAGUCUCUCCAAAACCAGGUUUAUAAAACUUUGAAAUGAAGAAAAAUCACUAGUCCAAUUUUCAGAUGGCGAUCAUUGCAAGCUUGAUGGAAAACCGACCAAAAUUUGACUUUAGCAAUCUCAUCGAUCAAAAGCCAAACAUUGCAGACAUCACUGAUGUGAGAUUGAAGUAUUUGUCGGACUCUCCAAAGGGCCGUUUUUAGGAGACAAGAAUCGACGGAGGUUCUGACUCACCGUCCCCAGCUGACGACGAAAUGCACAGCAACAGCGACGGCGGUCACAAUGAUCACUUUCUCAUAAAAAGUGCCAUCGGAGAGGUUCGUGACAUGUUUUCUGUAUUUUUUAUUAAUCUCUGGAAGUUUUUAUAUCGUUUUCUCCUUUUUGAAUGUUUUGAGGUCUUUUUCCAUUUUCAGUGAUUGAAAGUUUUUUCACACCAUAACCUGUUGAGCAUAGAAAACUUUUCUGGUAUCUUGCAUCAGAAUUAGCUCGAAGUUUUUGACCGCAUCACUGAUAAAAACAAAAAGAAGAGAAAAACCUUAAUCCCUUUUCCGCUCAUUGAGUAGCGUUUUCUCAUAGUUCAAUUUGAUUCACUCAAUUUUACAACAUACUCACUUCAUCAAUCUCUCAGUUUUCAAUCAAGCAGAACUGGCUGAGCUCUAGCUUGUAUAUGCGGCUGACCCCAAAACGUGGGGCCGUUUUGUAUGUUUAUUCAACGGAUAGCACUGGCUUAGGGAUUGGAUGCAGAAAAAGAGCCGCGACUCAUCAACAAACUUUAGGAAUCGUCGGCCUCGUCACCAGACAUGACGACCAGCGUUCGGGAGUCGAUCGCAUCGACCUCGCCCAAGCACUCGCAAAGCGACAGCAUUGGCAACAACUCGGGCCUUGGAUCUCAAGGUGGAUCUUUUCCGCAUGAUUAGGAUUGAAAAAAAAAACACGGAAAAGUUUCGAUUAGACCGAGAAAGAAAGAUCAUAAGGCUGGAUGAUCUUAAUAGGUCAAUGAAAACAAAAUGAAAGCUGCUUCAUUUUCCACGGAAAGAUUAUUUUGUUCAGACGAAAGAAAGUUCAAAAAAAUAUAUAAUUUUUAUAACCGUUGAGAAAGAUUCUACUAAUAUUUCGCAACAAGAAAAAAAAACAGAACUCAAAUUAAACCAAACGAGAACAGCUGUAAAAAAAUUGGAACUUGUCAAAAAAUAAAAAAGCUUAUGUGAUUCCAAUUGGCUGAUAAGAAAUACAUGAUGGAACCUCCUGAUUCUAAUCAAGUUUUCCUGACUUUAAUCUUUUAUUCAAAAAGGUUGAUUCCAGCACCAUUUUUUUGAUGGUUUCAUAUCUCUUCUUGUUUCGAUAAUUUUUUUAGCAAAAAAAUUGAACCAUAUUACUAUCAAAGUUUUCUACGAGCUUUAUCAUAAACAAAUCACUGAAAUAAAUUUUUUUCCAGUAAAUAUUUUUUUAGUUUUUUUAACAUUCAUCCCACUAAUUUGUUCCCUAAAAAUAACCAUAAAACAGAGUUUACAGCGCGUUCGCGGCUCAUGUUCGACCCUCUGAGCGAGCUUCCAGUUCUCGAGAAGUGGUUUGAGGUGAGUCUCCAACGAAAGAACUUAUAAAUCAAUCAAUAAUUCAGGAAAAUCCUCAUCCAACCUGGAUGCAAAUCGAUCAGUACACGCAAGCUCUGAACGGCUGCCCGUACAGAGAAAACUACCCACACAUCAGUCAGCACAACGUUAAGGUCGGUUUUAAAGGAAAAAAUUAGAGACUUUCUGUGAACAAACUUAAAAAGCAGUAGCGAAUAUGUAAUACUUUUACUAGCACUACGACUUUUUUGAAGGAAUAUCAAGCCAUGAAAAAGCGAUUCACCGUGUGUGUGAAUCAAACGAUAACAACUAUAUUUUGCUGAUUUUUAAGGUCUCAGGUUAACUCGCUGUUUUUUUGAAUGAAAUCCUAGAAUAAUAAUUCUCAAAAAAAUUCUAGGUUAAUUUUUUUUUCCACUUUUCUGAAGUUAGAAGUUCAUUUUUUCAGUGUAUGAAACCUUGUUCUUACUAUAUGUUAAUUUCAGAUCUGGUUCAAAAACCGCCGAGCCAAAUGCAAGCGUAUGCAAACUGGCAUGAUGGAAAAGAUGGGCGACAAGAUCUAUGCGUGA